UCCUCUUAUCGUGUGGUAAACAAACAUAAUGGCGGAAGGCAGCACUCGAUUUGCGGAAGCAACAGAGGAUGAAAUUCAGAAGACUUUGAACGACCGUGACAGCAAAAACACGAAAAACGUUAUCAGAACUGCUGAAAAUCUUCUACAUGAAUACUGUGAAGCAGUUGGAUGUACAGUUGGAUCGCCCCUUACCAAUGUUACAGUUUACGAAUUGUGUGAAAUCCUACGGAAGUUCUACUGCGCUACAAGGAAAAAAGACGGCAAUGGAAUCUCACUUUGUGGUGAAACGGCUGAACCAAACCUUCUGAAGAUUGAUGAUGCCCUUGUACAUGUAUGACCCAGGCCACUCUCCGAAGCAACAGUGGGACGGUGCAAUUAAGAAGAAAUGAGGAUCAAGUGACAAUAUCAAAUCAGCAUUGUCCCAGAGCCCCGAUUAUAAUAGAUUAGAUGUAUCCACCAAUAUCAGUUACGCCGCGUUUAUACUGGUGUAAAGGAAGUUUAAUCCCUUAACACCACAGGAUAUAUGUGACGAGACUGUAAUAACGGUGAAACGGCAAUUUUAUGCCUAAUCACCACUGGACUACAGGCAACCUGGUGGCUCUGGUGACGUUCACUAAAACUGGUAGUUAUACUUUAUCAAUAGGGUCGUUUUAUACUAUAUGGAAAUUGUUCCAUUAUCGGUUAUAUAUUUUGUUAUUAUAACUAAUUACCUAAUAGAGCAAUACAGAUGCCUGACAGGAAUUUUAUACAGCAAUAUCAAGGAACUAAAAAAGCACAUUUGGAAGUUAACCAGACUUAAGGCAACUGCGACUGCCACACUCCCGAUCGAUAAACAGGAGCAUUUAUCCUCCGCCUACAACUUGACGUAGAUACUUAUUGAACUUCUCUCAAUGAAAUACAGGCAGGUUGAGUUGGUAGCCUUACGCUUAACCAACCAAAUCAAAAAAGACUAUGAUUGUCCUAUAUAGAACGCUGCUGGUCUCCAGAUGAAUGAGACAAUGAUAGGGCGACAAAACGAUCUCACAAAUCAAAUUUACGCACAAAUCGAUUGUGAUUGGAUGUCGAUAAUCAUCGGAGAUUGUCCGUGUGUCUGUUCUCGGUAAAUAUAUAUAUGUAGGUAAAGCAGACUAGGACUAAAUAUAACCUAGAGGCGGGGCAGUUUUAUCAAAUAUACACACGGCUGAGAAGAAAGGGAAAAUUGCCGCCACAAAACGCCUACUACAUAAACCCCGUCGUUACUUCCGCUUCUUGUUCCUGUUUACCGGAUCCGAUUGCUCUACAUCUGGUUCAAACUUUCAAACUGGUCACGUGACUUUAUAUCAUAUCGCUUACACAAGUGAGCGAGUUUUGCUUAAUUUAAAGCAUCUAUAAUGAACUGCGUUCAUAUACCUACAAAAUCUAACAAUGCUUCUGACAAGUCGAAAGCUGUUGAGCCUGGACAUUCUCAUCUUUACGAACGUUGGAGGUUUCUCAAUAUAAGUUUAAUUUGAAAAUAAUAAUCGCCAUUCCAAACGAGUAUUCGACCAUACAUGUUUCCUAGGGUUCAACAUUAUUUUCGUUGUCGGUUUUCUGGCUAAUUUAGUUCAUGAAAUAUUGAUCUUGUACAUGAAAGAAAGAAAAUGACAAUUCAACAUAAACAAGACCUGAAGCAGACGCAUUUCGAGUGAAAAAGCGUCAAUAUACACUUAAUUCACCACAGUUGAAUGUUGUUUUCAUUGAUCCUGUAUGAAUAGCACGAACGAUGUGGAAAAUGACACGUUGGAAUCUCUAAUGAAGUUAUUAGCAGUUUUUUUUUUACAGUCCGCCAUGACAUAGUAGACACAGACCCAUUUGUCACGCCAGAGGGCGCUGUGUUAUAGAGGGAGCCACAACACACGAUGUCAACACCAUGUUUGAUUAGAAAAGAUCGUUGAACUCUGUAUUGUUGUUACACGUGAACUGCCAAUAUCUACAACAAUGUUUGUCUAGUCAAUAUGAAAUAAUACGUUAUGUUGGUCGGUAAUCAUUUUCACCAGCUAUAGGCAUAAUAUUACAUUAUUAUUUGUUUUGAUAUGUCCAUUCUACUAAGAUAAUCGAAAGAAGAUCAUCAAAAUGUAUCACUGGAACCGUCCAUCUUCAUAUAAACUUGUCCAGUUGUUGUCUGUACGUAACAGUAAAGAACUUUGCAAUUUAGGGAAGCACUUGAAAUUGUGUUUUACAGCACGUUCUAGAUCUCAGCUUUAGCUUAUUUUGUUUUCACUCCUAUCAGUUUCUAGGUUUACCGAUAUUAUAGCCGUAUAUCCCCUGACUAAAUAUUGUAUACUCCACUCAGCAAUGUCAUAACAUCAGUAACCUUACUGUAAUAGAUCUUUUCAUAUAUUUGUAUAGCUCUGCUGUAAAGAAAUUACAUAAAUGCUGUCCAUCUUCCGUUAAUUUGUAUUACAUAUCAAGGAGUCAAUAUUGUAUGAUGUAGUCUUUAGUAUGCUUAUGAGCCGUAGGGCUAACGUUGAAUAAA